AUGGCUCGUACCAAACAGACCGCUCGCAAGUCCACCGGUGGCAAGGCACCCCGUAAGCAACUCGCAGCCAAAUCGUCAGCCCGCAAGACAGCCGCAACGGCAACUGGUGGUGUGAAGAAGCCUCAUCGUUUCCGCCCCGGAACAGUCGCCCUCCGUGAAAUUCGUCGCUACCAAAAGUCGACGGAGCUCCUCAUCCGCAAACUUCCCUUCCAACGUCUCGUCCGUGAAAUUGCACAGGACUUUAAGACCGACCUGCGCUUCCAGUCCUCCGCCGUCAUGGCACUUCAGGAAGCUGCCGAGGCUUACCUCGUCUCUCUCUUUGAAGACACCAACCUUGCAGCCAUCCACGCAAAGCGCGUCACUAUUCAGCCCAAGGAUCUCGCGCUCGCUCGGCGGUUACGUGGCGAGCGUUCAUAG